UUGUUUUCUUUUUUCUUUCACUUCAUCUUCUAAUGUGAGUACAAGCACGUUUAGCAACUGAAGUACGAAGCCAUGCAAAUGAAGACUGACUAAAUGCAUUUGUGAGAGAUCCCUGCUUCUGGAAAAUAUAGAUAAAUAUGCAGGAUUCAACUCAACUGGGCAUGUCGCAAACAAGGAAGAUGGUGAGAAAAAAUGACAAAAAAGAAGAGGUUCUAGGUAGAGGAUUACUAGACCACGUGUUUUCUUGGUCUAUCUCUGAUAUUCUUAAUGAAAAUCUCUAUCAAAAUCAGGUGAUGAAAAUCCCAGAGACAUAUUCGUCGACGUCUAUUUAUUUGAGAUCAUUCAUUUUACCGCUUGUUGAGGAAACGCAUGCUGAUUUGUUAUCAAGCAUAAGGACAGUGUCAAAGUCACCAAUAAGUCAAAUAAGCAGGAUUAGAGAAACAAAGAAUCAUCAAUCUCCGAGUGACCUUUUCUACCAAAUUACUGUGUUGAAAAAGCGAGGACUUGCAUAUGAGCCUGUAGUUGGAGACCUCAUUGCUGUGACAAAUGUACGGCCAAAGUGUAUCAAUGAUUUGAACAAUCACUGCCUCAUCGCCUUCGUUCACCGUGCUUCUAAUUUCUGUAUCACCAUCUUAUCAUCUAAACUAAUCACGACUCUAGACCAAAACAAAGAAAUUCGUUUUGUUGUUUAUCUUACCAACUUGAACACAAAUAUACGAAUCUGGAGAUCACUGAACAGUGAGCUGGAAGGAGGGAAUAUGAAGAUCAUAGAUAAAGUUCUUCAAGUUCAUUCCUCUGAUUGUGAUGCUUGUGUUGAGUGCCUUGGCAAGGAAAAUUGCAAUGGUUCAAACUCGGAUAUAAGAGGCAAAAUAUCUCGAUCUGAUUUGAAUGACUCACAAAGAGAUGCAGUUCUAAGUUGUAUUAGCUUAAGGGAAUGCCAUCAUCAGAACUCUGUCAAACUGAUAUGGGGACCUCCUGGAACUGGCAAGACUAAAACCGUUAGCUUGAUGCUGUCGUGUCUUCUGAAAUUGAAGUGCAGAACCUUGACAUGUGCUCCCACUAAUGUUGCUGUGCUCGAGGUUGCAAAGCGUGUUUUAGUUCAAGUGAGGAAAAAUGAGUCUGGUGGAUAUGGUUCUUACGGCCUCGGAGAUAUUGUGUUAUUUGGGAAUGCAAAGCGAAUGAACAUGGAUGACCCUCAUAAUGAACUUCGUGAUGUCUUUCUUGACUAUCGUGUUCGUGCACUCGGGAAAUGUUUGGAAGGAUGGAAGCAUAGCCUAGCUUCAAUAAUAUUUUUGCUUAAGGACCCACGAAGGCAGUUUCUUAAGUACUUGAAUCAAACAAAGGAAAAGAAAAACAUGAAGAAUGAACAGGACAUUGCAACACCUUGGACAUUUGAGGAGUUCGUGAAUAAGAGAUUUGAUGGCUUACGUGAACAGCUAAUCUCUUGUUUUAUGAAUCUAUGUAAGCAUUUACCAACUUCUUUCAUUUCACAAACAGAUACGAUGAACAUGUCGCGAGCAUGCGAUCUUCUUCACUCUAUCUCAACAACACUUCUCAGCUCGCAGAAUGAGGGGAUAAAACGAGAGUUGUAUGGUUUUAAACAUAAUGAGGGGGGGGAUGGAUGCUUUUCAAGGCUGAGAUUGGCUAUAAAAGAGUGCCUUAAUGUACUAAAGUUGCUUCCAAAGAAAUUUUGUGUUGAAGGAACACUGAGAGACUUCUGCUUGGCAAAUGCAUGCUUGAUCUUUUGUACUGUGUCAAGUUCAGCCAAGUUGCACUUAAAAGGAAUGUCUCCAAUUGAGUUAUUGGUUAUUGAUGAAGCGGCACAGCUUAAAGAAUGUGAAGCAACCAUUCCUUUGCAGCUUCGUGGUGUACGCCACUUAAUUCUCAUAGGAGAUGAAAGGCAACUUCCAGCAAUGGUUCAAAGCAAGAUUUCUGAAAAAGCUGAAUUUGGGAGAAGUCUGUUCGAAAGAUUGGUACAGUUGGGCCUCCAGAAGCACCUUCUAAAUGUGCAACACAGAAUGCAUCCAUCAAUUAGUUUGUUCCCUAAUACGGAGUUUUAUAAUAGUGAAAUUUUGGAUGCUCAGAAUGUGAAAGAGACAGUCUACGGCAUAAGUUUGUUUCCUCAGAUGAUGUAUAGUUCAUAUUCUUUCAUAAAUAUGCCGCUCGGAAAAGAGGAAUUCGAUGACAAUCAUAGUCAGAGAAACAUGAUUGAGGCUUCCGUCGUGUCGGAAAUAGUCAAACUCCUUCAUGAAGAAUAUGUUAGGACAAAUAAAAAGAUAACGGUGGGUAUUAUAUCGCCAUACAAGGCCCAAGUAUGUGCCAUUGAGGAAAAAGUGAAGAGACAUAUAGGAGUUUCACAGAAUGGGGGCUUUGAAGUGAACGUUGGUUCAGUUGAUGGGUUCCAAGGGGGCGAGGCAGAUGUGAUAAUCAUGUCAACAGUAAGGUGCAAUAACAAGGGCUCUAUUGGUUUUCUUUCCGACACACGGAGGGUGAAUGUGGCAUUGACACGUGCCAGGCAUUGCCUUUGGAUCUUGGGGAGCGGAACAACGUUACUUAACAGUGAAUCUGUUUGGAAGAAAUUGGUCAUAGAUGCCAAAAAGCGCGGCUGUUUUUAUAACGCUCAAGAAGACAAAAGCUUGGCAAAGGCCCUUUUAUAUUCUCUAAUUGAGUUGAAUGAAGUCAAUGAUUUGCAGAACGUGCAUUCUUCAUUGUUCAGCGAUGCAAUAUGGAAGGUUCGUUUCAGUGAUGAAUUUUGGUACACCUUGAGAAGAGUUGGAAACAGGGAGACAUGCGAACAAGUAUUUUAUAUAUUACAGAAGCUCUUGAAUGGUUGGCGAGAGAAUCACAAGAAGAAAAUGUUUGUAUAUAAGGGGUUGUCCUCCCAACUUCUGGAGCAAUAUGAGGUUAAUGGGUCGCUUAGUCUUUUCUGGACUGUGGAUGUUAUGCAGGAGAACUUGCACUGCAUUCAGGUUAUCAUGGUCUGGGCUAUUUUGCCUCAUUCAGAUAUCUACAGUAUAGCCAAACGCCUUGACAUAGUGUAUAGAAACUAUACAACUCUUACAAUAGACCAGUGCAAAUACAAAUGUGUCCAGGGGAAUGUUGUCAUUCCAAUGUGGUGGCCAGAGGAGGACUCAUGCAAGUGUUCUGAAGUUGAUGAUGGGAUGUUGUCCAAAUCACUUGCUUGUCUCGAGAUAGCAGAUGACACCGAGGCAAUGCCAAAAAAUCCACUGUCGAGGAUGCAACAACUGAAUCAAUGGUUUCAGAAAUUGUGGAGAGGCCGCAAUUAAGGUUAAUUUUUGAAGAAUCGUGGAACACGAACAAAAGAAAGGGUCAAAGACUAACUUAUUGCAGAGUUAAAUAUUAAACUAUGAAAUGUUCUAUAUGCUUAGUAUUUUGUGAAUUUCCCUAAAUGUUUAUGACUUCUUUAAAACAUCAGAGAAAUCAUUGAUUUUUUGCGUGAAUCUGCAAUAUUUAUUAAACAAGUGUUUUUGUCACCUAGUUAAUUGCUUUGUUAUAUUUUCCUUACAGAACAUACCUUCACGAUUAAUUUGGAUACAAAUUGUCAUCUUGAAUAACGGUCCACAAGUGCUUUUGCUUUAUCUGGCGCAAAGAACCUAGCCUGCACAAAAAGGUGAUCAGUGUUAAGAAAUUGUGUACGAUAUAUCAAUCAUUCAUUAACUAGUAAUGAUUCAUAAACUUACUUGUAUGAACAUCCUUUCUGCAUCACCAAUAUUUUUGUUUUCUUUCAGGAUGAUUCCCUUGAAAAAUGAAAGGAAGUUUUAUUUGA